AUUGAACAGUCCCUCGCUUGACUAGUGUAAUCCCCAAGCGAAAAAAUAUACCCUGAAAAGGAAAAUAUCCUCCCACGUGGGGGCCUGUUUAAUUGCAAGUUUUGUUGUUUAAAUAUGUGUUUGUUGCCUUAAUUUUUGUUUCAGAAUAAUGGUGCAAGCAGUAGACGAGAUGGAGCAGAGGGAUUUGCCGCAGGCAUUUCGCCUCUUGGGGGAGAUGAAUGCAAGCGUCCUGCUGGUGAAUCAAGUCGUCGACAACAUGCUGGACCGCGUGAAGAAGGGAGAAAUUUCAACGGACAAGGGUCUUAGUUUCUUAGAGAUGAAGUACUACUCGCUGCUUUCCUAUCUUAUCAAUUUAACUUAUGUUGUUCUGAGAAAGUGUUCAGGUGAAAAGAUCGAGGAGGAUCCAUCAAUAGAUCGUUUGAUUGAAAUUCGAACAGUUUUGGAGAGAAUCAGGCCGAUUAAUCACAAAUUGAAAUAUCAGAUAGACAAACUGGUCAAGACUGCAGUCACUGGAACCUCAAGCAGCAGCGAUCCAAGUAAUUUCAAAGCAAAUCCCGACGCUCUCGUUGGAAAAAUUGACGGAAGUUCAGAAGACUCGGACAGUGAGCCCGAUGAAGACGUUUCCAAGCCGAAAAAAUCUGGAGUCUAUGUGCCACCAAAAUUAGCUGCCGUCCCUUACGAUGGAGAUGAGACAGCUGCGGAAAAAGUGCGUAAAGCGGGAGAAAGAGCACGCAGGCGUGCGUUUUCCGGAGCGGUACUUCAGGAAUUGAAAGAGGAAUAUUUGGGCGCUCCGGCCGAGGACAUGCACGACAUCAGUGAAAAGCAGGUGAUAAUGGGUCGGGAGAACAAGAGAAAGAUCGAGUACGAGGAGAACUACAUGACCCGUUUGCCGAUUACUAAGGAGGAGAAACAUCGCCGUCGUCAACUUACAACUAUUGGAACUUUGGGAACAGACAUCACCAACUUCGGAGGAACAUCUUCUCUUUUGUCCAAAAAAAGAAAAGAUCCCAAAGGAAAGGCAAAAAAGAGUUUCAGAAAGAAACGACGCCAUUAAUCAACUCGUCCGAAAGAGCAUGAGUAAAAGCAGGUAAAGCGCUAAAAAAACUUACUUCAUCUCCUCUUGGCAGUCCCAAUGCCAAUAAUACUCUCGUUACUAAGUUACGCUAAUUAAUUAACGAUUAAAGUUUAACGAUAAGCAAAAGAAAUCGAUGAAAAAAAACGUGAAACACCGCAAUGGUAAUUUAUAAUGAUAUAAGACAUCGUAAUGGUCGCAUACUUGAUAAUUAUAGUUACUAAUGGUUUUAAUCUUUAACUGUUGUCGGACAACAUUUUUAAACUCUGGAGCCGUCUAUAAUUCAUCGGGAAUUUUCCCAAAAAGGACACAAAGAAUUUACUUUAUACUUAUCAAAAUAUUUAUGCGUAAACUAAACAACAUACUCUGGUUCCAUAUUAAAAGAAAAUUGUAAAACGUAUGUCCAAGUCCGAGACAGAAGGAACAAUAUUCUGCUUCGGAAUAAUUUUCGAAUAUAGAAAGAAAAACAAACAGGAGCAAUGAUACUAAAUUAAUUGUUAUAAGAGCGUUAAAAUCUCAAGAUAUGUGUGUAAGCAAAAUUUGCCGAUUAUUCACGCAGUUUAACGGGGGUUCAAUUGCCUGACAUAAACUGAAAAAGGGGAUUUUCAACACUAAAUUUAUACAUACAUAAUUAGGGAAUUCAAAUUUAUUUCUACACAAAUUUCCGAAAGAUCCAAGGAAACAAUUUUACGGAAAUUCAUUUUCAGCUAAUAAUUCUAUGAAAAUUAUUAUUUUUAAUUGAAUACCAAGUUUGGUAUUUUUUACUACUUUGGGAGUAAAUUUAACUAUUUCGGAAGUAAAUUUAAAAGAAAAUUCACUACAUAGGUGGAAUUUACUCCGGAGGUAAUGAAAACUUGGUAGAAAUGCACAAAAAUUCAAAACAUUUGGGUUUUACAAUGAAAAUUGUAAAUUUUUAUAUAAGUUUCAUAAAUAUAAAUUUUAUACUUUUGUCAAAAUAUUCCUGAGAAGUGACAAGAAAGACAUGUAAAUUUUUUUAAAUUGUUCAACUUGAUCUUUCGAAAUUUUACGAAAUCAAUUUUAAUUGUUUGUUACUCUUAAAACCAUUUAAGAGUAAUACUAAUAAGAAGAAGAAGAAGAAGAAGAAGAAGAAGAAGAAGAAAGUGAAGAAACUUAAGGGUGUGUCAAAGUCAUUGAAAUUUUUUUAUUCAAGUUUCAUAUAAAAAUCAAAACGACUUUGAUCUGUCUUUAAAGAAAAAUCUGAUGGACAGUGAAAACAAUAGUUAUUUCAACUUCAAAUUUUUGAAUUAAAACACAAAUUCAGCUGGAAGAAUCCGACAAACAAUCUGAAUAAAAGUUCCUCUGGUGGAAGAGUAAUGAAUUUAAUUUUAAACAAUUAAAAGUUGCAUUUGAAUAAAAAUUACAAUUUUUUGUCAAUAACUUAUAAAUUGCAAGUUUUUGUAAAUUUAGGUAACAUAACCUAAAAUCUAACAAACGUUUCUUAGUGGCAAAAAGUUAAAAUUUUUAUUUAAAUGCAAAGUUCAAUUAUUGUUUAAAGUGUUGAAAAUUUAAAUAUUUACCCUUCCAACAGAACGAAUUUAAAAUUCUGUUUUUAUUUUAAAAUAGGAAAUUAUUGGUUUAACAUUUAUUUUGUUUGUCCUUCUUCCUUAAAAGCAAUUUUAUAGAUUGGUGGAUAAUUUAAUUUUCCGAAUUUAAAACGAAAUUUUUAUUUUUAUAUUUAAAUGACAAUUUAUUUAACAAUUGAUAAAUUCCAUACAUGACAAAAUUAACAAUUACAAUUUUCUGUCAAUAGUUUGUAUUUUAAGGUAAUGUUAUCUAAAAUUUACAACAAUUAAAUUCUUUAUUCUUCUUUAUUAAAAGAGAAAGAGAAAAAAGCGUUUACAUUUCUAAUUGACUUUAAUUCAAAAGCUGAAAGUAAAGAGUUGAAGUUGAACUAAUUUUUGUUUUGAUUGUUUAUUGAAUUUUUCGAACAUGCAAAAUAAUUUAACAAAAUGAAAGAUAUUUGUGUUUGUAUUCAAAUUGUAUGAAAAUGAUAAAAUGAAUACAAUCAGACAAGUGGUUUUUAAGAAAAUAAAACUGCUCCAACGUUUCGAAGUCUAAAUGAUUAACUCACCAAGAAGUCUUUCAAAAAUAAUACAAUGAACAAGAAUAAAGGAAAAAGUGUGUUACAAUUAUAAUGAACAACAAUAAAAGAAGAACAAAAAAUCUAAUAAAUUGAAGACAGUAAAUGUGACACGUUCUUAAGAAAGGCUCCUUUGAUGCAAAAAUUGUUAGGUUAUGUUUGUAAUUUUUCGAAUGAAAAUACACAAAGCAGACCAAAUUUUAAUAUAAACCAGUGAUAUUUAAGCCUUCUUUGCAUCUGAAAUAACUAUGUAAUAAAAAUUUAUUUCAAUUUUAAAUUAAGCACAGAAGGUUUUAAUUCAAGUAAAAAUAAUACAAAAAUAACCUUAAAAUGGUUUGCUUCUAGCUUUCUUCAGUGUGUAUCACAAAUUAGGAACUAAAAAUAAUAAAAAUAAAUUCAAGUUGAAAAUAACAAAACACAAAAUUACAGUAAAUUAAGAAUUAAAAGGUAAUAGAAAAUAUAAUUAACUUGAUAGAAAAAUAAAUAUUUUAACAGAAAAAUAAAAAUGUCUCAGACUCCCUAAUGAGGAAAUCAUUUAGAAUUUAAAACUCUGGAGCAAAGUUUUAUCAGACAUGGUGAAAUCGUAAAAGUACAAACAUGAGUAUUUCAGUUUUUUGUUAAAGAAAUAAAUAAAAAAAAAUGUUUUUUUAUUUAUUUUUAAAUUGUAUUUUAUUUGGUGUUUUAAAAACCAUUUUAUUUUUUGAGCUUAUGUCAUUGGAUCGAUUCGCCUUAAAAAUAAAAAAAGUUUUGGCACAAAGGCAUACUUAAAAUUUCUAAAGCAAGAGAGAAAGCUGUUGACAAAUUUCGGAGUUCUCGCGACAUGUCUUUGGAUUUUCUCGCUAUAUUUUAGGAUAGGAAAACGUAGUUACUAGUUCGAUCAUUACGUGUAUGUUUUGUUCGUGUUUUCCCCCUGGUAAAAUGUUGAGGCUAUUAGAUUUCACUGUGGUUCCGUUGGAACUCGUGUUAAGUUUCUUUUUUUUGUUUUUAAUAUUUGUGCAGUGUGUUGAUUA